AUGUUUCCACUGGCCGAAAACACACUAAGUUGUCUCCCGGUCCAUAGCAUUCAGCAAAUAACGGUAAGGCAGAGCAACCAGAAACUGACACCUGAUUUCCAUGACAAAUGUGGUAAUGCUUUCUGUGUUGCUGCAUGGGUAUAUACAGCAACACAAACUGGAACAAAAUGGAACCUGUCCCCUGUUGGCAGAGUCACCCCAAAGGAAUGGAGAGAUCAGUAA